UGUGGCGCCCGAUCUACCGCCGCCCUUUGCUGACUUGACCUUGCGAGCGAUCGAACCCCUCUCUAACAGCUUGAGGUUCAAGUAGGAGGAGGCUGAUGGCGUAGGUCCGCCAUAGGAAACAAAGUUCGGCAUGGAUGGACAAGAAGGCGGGCAGAGGUACCCUGCUCCUCUCCACCAGAGGCAAGAUGACCUGCCGCCGCUGGCCGCGCCGCCCGCGGUCAUGGAUGCAUCGUCAUCAUCAUCAUCAUCAUCAUCAUCAACUAGACCAGCAGCAAUGAUGUCGUCUGUAGCUCCGUUCGACGGACAAAGCGGGAGCAGUAUCAUCGCAGGCCACGAAGCAUCACUCAUGACACACGGCACGGGUCAGGGAGCCGAGCAGGACGAGGGGGAUGAAGAAGAGGAGGAAGACACAAAAAUUGGACAAGCUGGCUCCAGCACCAGUCCUCCGCUAGUGGCAGAGCGGACAAAAGUGAAGCGUGCCAAACCAAAGAAGAAGAUCAAGAGGACGAGGCACAUCACGAGCUGCUGGCAAUGCAGGGAGAAGAAACAGAAGUGCGACCGAGCAAAGCCCGUCUGCGGGAAUUGCAAGAACAGCAAUUCGAGGGAUGGCAUGUGCCUCUACGCGAACAAUGCCGUGCUAGUUGGCGCAGACGAGACGGAAGAGAGAGACUUGAAGCGAAAUCGAACUUCGCCUGUGGAAGCAUUUGCCUCGCGAGACCCCAGGUUCCAACCAAGUCCACCUUAUGCUCAGGUGGACCCUUCACCGUCGGUCACUGCCUCAUCGGAGCAAUCUGCGCUAACGAAGCGAAGGAUGCAGCUUAUUGCCACAACUGAGGGCAUUGGACGGGAUCGCAGCGUCGACUUUGACGUUCGCGUCCGAUGUGCCCGUGCCGCCGCCAUCGGCAAAGUCCUUUUCGGCGAUUACAAGCAUCGCAAGAGCGACACCCUUGGCCCAUCAUGGUCAUAUUCUUCGUCAUCCACCUACAGCCCUCCUGCGGCUGUUGACUCACUCAAGCUGCCAACGGCCCAGGACAUUGGCCCGCUUCUCGACAUCUACCGCGCCAACGUCGAGUGGAUCUGCAACGUGAUCAUUGUCGAUCUCAACCGGUCCAGGAUCGAGAAUUUCCUGACGUGGUGGCACUCCAAUCCACAGACGCUUCCGGCCGAUCCUCCGCUCGUACCGCUUGUCUUGACCAUACUCGCCCUGGCCAUCCAGGCGAGGAGAACCGUCAAGCGCACCGGCGGCGGUCACUUCAAUGGCUCAACAACGGCAAAGGGCAGAGACAAAGCAAAGGGCAAUCGUUCCAAAAUAAAGCACGAAGCGACCAUGGCUAGUGAGAAUUCAAUGGCAGGCGGCGCUCCUUCGAGCCGAGCGCAGUCACCCGUCCACGAGUGGCUCGAGUCGUGUUCAUCGGAAAGAGAGCUACUUGAAACGGCUGGUCGAUGCGUCGACGCACUCCAGAUUGCCUGUCCAUCCAAUUGGUCGAGCGCCUUCUCGGCCCCCUUGGACCUCGUGCGAGCAAACUUGCUGCGUGGUCUUUGGCACCUCAAUGAGCUCCACCUGCAAUUCGCUGGCUCUUGCUUUGCUGCGACGAUGCGCCUGGCUCAUGCCGCCGCGCUGCACCGUGAUGCACGCCACUGGCCCCACAUGGGCAAAGAAGAGGCCCAGGCAAGGCGCAACAUGUUCUGGAACGUGGUCUUGUUCGAGACGAUCAAUUCCAUGCGCCUCGUACAGCCUCCCAGCGUCAUGGCCGAUGGUUUCGAUACCGAGUUUCCCGACGACCACGAUGCCCUCCUUGGGCUGUACCGUCGUGCAGGCCUCAUCGAGCCUUACAUUCUCGAGGGUCGUCGGAGCAAUCUGCGGGUUCAACCGCCAUCUAAGGCCAGCUUCGAUUUUCACCUGGUCCGUUUCAAGCUUGCCCGCGUUCUCAUUCCCUCUAGCGCCAAGGUCAGCAGCGCAAGCUUCUCCCAGUCCGACAUGGCUGAAGCCUUUGAGACGUGGAAGAGGGAACUGCCUCCCAGUCUCGCCGGCGUGCUCGAUUCGGCAGAGCUUGGAAAGCUGGGCGUAGGAACGCAGAGCAAAGAGCGUCGACGACGGAAGGGGGAUGGGGACGAGGCAAGGGAGCGCGAGGACGACCGCAUCGAGAGUGACGAGCGCGAAACGCGGUACCUCCAAGAUGCCUUUCUACAGAUGCUGUCGCUUGCUACGAGCAUCCAGGUUCAUCGACCACAGGCGGAUGAGACGGGGAGCUGGCGUCCUCCUGAGGGCCAAGCCCAACGGUCCCUCGAGGUGUGCAUCGACUCGGCUCAGCGCCUCAUUUGGCUCAUUUGGGGCGUCGUCACGCGCGAACCAGGACCGCCCUACGUCCUCUACAACUUCUGCAUCUUCUACUGCUUCCAAGCAGCCAUCAUCAUCGCCAUUCAGAGCGCCCUCUGUUCGCCUUACAAUAAUGACGCGUCCUCGAACUCGUCCACGAUCAAGAACAAAGGCAAGAGGACGAAUGUCCGGGGCACCGAGCAGCAGGCCGCUUUUGGCGUAUUAGCACGGCCCAGCCUCGAUCGAGCAGUGAGAGCUCUGGAUCUGAUCUCUACCAAGUUGGGACUGAGGAAUGUGGCCGAACAAGCGGCAAGAUAUGCGGCCACUCUACGCGAGAUUGAUGCGAGGGCUCGGGAGGAAAGCAAUGACGUUGGAUCAGUGCUGACAAAUGCAAACGUGCAAGCACCUGCUGUGGGUGCGCCGCCCCAGAUCAUGGUUGAAGGCGACGGAAGAACGCUGGGAGGUCAAGGCUACCCUUCGAGGCACCCGUCGACUUCUCCAGAGCCGGCUGGUGCCCCUGCUACCGGCCUUACUGCCAAUCAGCAGGCCGUCUCCGAACCACUCAACAACAAUGGCGACUCCUCCAGCAUGAGUAAUCCCGGCAACAAUGCGGCCUCCAUCUUCGAUGACUUUGACUUCGACGUCCGCAAUUACUGGACUGAGGUCUUUGGAGAGCAGCGUCCCCAAGGGGUUUUCGCUGAUCGACCUUUCAUCCAAGCCGAUGUUGGUCAUUUCCCACCACCUGCUCCCUUCACUGUUCCGUCGAACUCAUCCCCGUCGUCUGCCUAUGAGCAGAGUCAUGGACCUGUGCAGCUGCAGAACCAAAGGCAGGUAGGCAGCUCCGCAUCUGCGACGGGGCUUGACCUCCUGGCCGCCCAAGUCGACUUUGCUCGGCCAUCGCCUCACGGUAUCUCCUACGGGCCUUCUAAUCAACAAGCGGCAACACCUUCUCCUGCCACUACGAGACCUGCACCAACGUGGACAUACGGAUACGGACAGCACCAUCCCCAGGCGCCAUCAGUACUUCAACCACAUCCCUCUACAGCUUCGUCGGGAGCCGGUCCUCUCCCGUCUCUAACGGCGCCCGCGUCACACCACUAUCAACAACAGCACCCGCAGGCUCUCCAAGCGUACCAACAGGCGCCACCGACAAUGCGUGACGACGGAAGGCCAGGAGUAUUCCAGCAGUACUUCAUCGACGACCAGCAGCAGCAGCAGCAGCAGCAGCAGCAGCAACAGCAGGCACCUCAGCCUUAUUCGUCGCUCAACGCGGCGAGAAUACCGGUUCGGAAUGGCUCGGACCAGAGCGAAGGUGCAACAGGCGCGGUCUACCCAUCGCACCAUCCAUCGUCAUCUGGAACACCUGGGACGGCGACUACCGGUGCUGCUGCCCAACAGGGCCUCGGAGAGAGCUUUGCGAGCAACUGGAACGAGUGGGAGAGGAUGGCUGAGCGCCUGCUGCAGAAUUGAUUGGUUGAGAGACUCAAAGAAAGUGGGGCCCAGAAAACAGCGGUGAAGAAGAAGAAGAGUGGAAGAGGAAAGAGGAAUGAAGAAAGCGAAAGGUUGGAGGUGAGCGUGAAUCUGAAAGAAAGAGGGUUUCCCUCCUUGCAUGCAUUCUGUAUCGAUAGUCUUGUGUAUUGUCUGUCUCAUUUAAUCAUCUCUGUAGGAGGGCGUCUCUGCCCUCGUUUCCCAUCGCCAUCUGUCUUUGCAAUCGCAUAUCGUUUCUCUCAAG